GUUCACGUCGCCCACCGUGGCCUGUUUGUAGUGGCUGUAGAUGUCCAGCAUCUCCUGGUCCGUGGGCUGCGACUUCAGCUGCUUCACCUCCUCGGCAGCCUUCUGGAACGCGGCCUGGGGGGAAGGCGGCAGGGGUGUUUCUCCAUGCUGCUUAGGAGCAAGUUAUUCAGAAUUCAUUCUCAUGUCAGCAGAAAGCUCGACUGUCACGGUCCGUCUCGUCCGCUCCUUUGAGCACCGCAAUUUCCGCCCUGUGGUGUACCACGGAGUUCCCUUGGAUCAGACAGUGAAGGAGUUCAUGGCUUUUGUGCGCAGGGAUGUAUCUUCAAGAUCAGGACUUCCUCCUCCUUUUAAAAAUUAUAAGUAUGAUACAAUGAAGAUUAUUCACCAAGCACACAAAUCUAAGACUGGUGAGCUUGUAGUGAGUUUGGAAGAUGAUGACAAACUGAUUUUGCAGGAAGACAGCACACUGAAAGCAGCUGGAGUAGCAAAUGAGACGGAAUUAGCAUUCUUCUGUGAGGAAGAUUACAGAAACUACAGAGCUAAUCCUGUUUCGGCCUGGUGAAGAUCCCAAGAGAUUGUUUUGUUUUCCCAUACCUGUUGUAAAUUUUCCUUAUUCUGCUUAAUGAGAUUUUUCUUAAAGAUCAAUAAAUCCUAGAGGAUUUCUUUGCAAACAGUGCAAUUCCCUUCCUAUAGAAAUUAAUUUCUGUCAAUAUGCUAAGGCUGAGAGCAGAAAAACUGGGGGACAUAAAUGACUUUUCUCUUCCUUUUCUUUUUGCUGUGCUUGGCUCUUGAGCCUCGGGCAGUGCCAUCCCUGACCCCGUGACACACGUUCUUGGUGUGAUCCCACAGCAGACAGUAACUGCAUAUGGAAAUUAUAGAAUGCACAGGGUGAUCCCAUCACAGUACCAACUUCUAAUGAAAAUGAAGUGAAACCUCCUUCAAAUAAAAUUAAAUAUUUUAUGACCAAA